GGGGGUGGAUUUUUCAACCAACCAGCCAAUCGCGAGUCUCGAUAUCAGCCAAUCAGAAAGCAGAAACACUUCUCUUCCUGUUUGGCCGAGGGACACAUUAUCGGAAUCACCCUGACUCAGUUCCUCUCUCUCAUAGAAAGUGGAGUGGAAAGAGAUGAUGGGGGGAAUUAAACAAGAGCAGAGUGAUGCAUCUCAGCAGCCCAAAGCUUCACACACAGUGGACCAACAAGAGGAGCCAAAGAAACGUGGUUGGCCAAAAGGAAAGAAAAGAAAGAAGGUUCUACCUAAUGGUCCUAAGGCCCCCGUAACAGGAUAUGUCCGCUUCCUAAAUGAGCGACGAGAAGUUAUGAGAGCCCGAUAUCCCGACUUACCUUUUCCAGAGAUCACAAAGAGACUCGGAGCAGAGUGGACACGAUUAGCCCAAAAUGACAAACAGCGCUACCUUGACGAGGCGGAGCGAGAGAAGAUGCAGUAUGCCCAGGAGCUAAAGGAAUACCAGCAGACUGAGGCCUUCCACAUCACCAGUGCCAAGAUACAUGACAAGAAGAUUAAAAAAGAAGACAGUCCAUCAGUUGUCAGUUCUAGUUCAGGAUCGUCUUUAAUAAAGGCUGUUGACCUCUCAAGCAGAUUUGACAUUCCAAUUUUCACAGAAGAGUUUCUUGAUCAAAAUAAAGCUCGGGAAGCUGAGUUGCGGCGGCUUCGGAAGACGAACAUUGAGUUUGAAGAGCAGAACGCUGUGCUGCAGCGUCACAUCAACGACAUGAACACUGCUAAAGAACGCCUGGAGGCUGAACUAGGGCAGGAUGAGAAGCGCACUCAGGCUCUUCACCAGCACCUGCUGGCCAUUAAACACACACUGGUCAACAGUUUGUCAACAGUCCCUCUGCCAGGUUCAGGGGAGACGGCGUCUCUUGGUAAUCUCGACUCAUACCUCAGUCGACUCAGUGGAGUCCUAGAGGGGAAUCCUCAGAAACACCGUGCCCUGCUCAGCCAACUUCACGAGGUCUUUUCUCAUCUCGACAGGUAGAAUUGUAUGCUCAAGCAACUUUAGAUGUACGCUUUGACAUUUGAGAGCACAAACUUUCUAAAGUUGAGGGGGGUUUUUCAUUGUGCAUUGAAAAAAAACUAUUUCACAAGAUAAAGCUGCAAAUGAGUGCAACAAAAAAAUAAAUCUGCCUAAAAUGCAUUCCUAAAUGGGUUUAUUUAAUACAUAACUUACAAAAAUAUUCCUACCUUUUGAACUUUUCCAUAUUGUAUCAUGUCCCAACCACAAACUUAUGCCUUUUAUGAUACAGGUCCACAAAUGUCAGCAUGUUGUUAUGAACUGAAAGGAGUAAAACAUGGUUUUGCUCAACUUUUAUACAGCAUUUUUAGAAAUGUCCUGUGAAUAUGCAUUCAGCCUCCCUAAACUCAAUUUUGUAAGAUCACCUCUACUGCAUCUGCAAAAUUUUUUGUCUCUGCUAGCUUCCCACAUUUUAGGAUUAAAAUUGACGUUUUGAGGGUACGGUUCAGAAUGCGCAUAGUUUUAGGGGUAUGAAGAUGUUUGCAAGACACUGUAAAUAUUUUCAAAGCAUAUGUUUUAAGGUUCUGCUAUAACUAUUGCCUCUGUUAUUUGUCAGCGAGAAGUUAUGAGGAAACUCCGACCAACUAUGCCUCAUCAGAACACAUGACCAUAUAAUAAUCCACGUCAGUUCCUUUUCAACAGAGCAUGUGGGUUUGAUCACAUCUGCAAAGGAAAUGGUACAAUUUUUUUCUGAAUAACUCAUAUGACUCAUGUCUAUUGUUUAUGAGUACAUGUAUUCUGUGUGACAUGAGCUCCUGCGCAUGUUUUAUUCCGAAUGUGAAUCUGUGUGGCAGCAUGCAUGUAUUUCUUCAUAGAUUAGUUUUCCCCUGCACUGCCCUAUAACUGGACAAAUAAGGUUGACUCUAACUAUGUUUUAUAGCAUUUUAUCAGCGGUUAUUCACAGGCUCAUGGUAAAUCCAUUUCAGCAUGUAUAUAAUUGCUUAUAUUUUCCCUGGAAUGCAUUGGCGAAAGAAAAAAGGAGCGGCAGGGCUAAAUCUUGAAUGCUGGGGUAUAAAAUGUUGUGCUUUUGACAUUCCUCGGUUGUGGGAUGAACAUGCUGUUUUAAAAUUGUGUCAGAACAUGGUAUGUUUCUGCAGUGUAUUUGUAUUUUUUUUUUUUAUAUAUAUAAAUGUUCAAUAAAUCUUCUUGAACA